CGUCACUCAGGCAUCAGUAUCCUGUGACGUACGUAUUUGUUUUGAUAAGAGUGACAAGUGAGAGGACGUUCGCGGAUACUUGGACAGAGAGGUAAAUAGGAGAAAGAGAAGGGGUCACAGUCGCCGUAGGGUCGACAACGAGGCACGGUGUAUGCCACAGAUGACGACAGCCGCCUAUUCGAGGCUUAUGGCGAGCUGACGCCUUGUCUUGGUCGUGUUCGUACGCCGCCGAGGCAUGUCAAAUGACCGAGCGUACUGCGCUUCGCAAAGCACGCACUCGGUCAGGUACUACCACCUCGGCCAGAUAGCAGCAUGAGUGGCGGUAACACGCUUCGGCGGUCGGCAGGCUCGUCGGACGUCGGCGAGGACGCGGGCGUCGAGUGGCUCUAUGAGGUGCUUCGCGUGGUGCAAUUGGAACAGUUCUUCAUGAAGAUUCGGGACGAGCUGCAGGUGACGCGUCCGCGUCACUUCGACUUCGUCCAGACCGAGGACCUCGAGAAGAUCGGUAUGGGGAAGCCCGCGGCGCGUCGUCUGCUCGAUACGGUCAAGAAACACCGCGCCUCCCAGUGGAAGCGAAACCUGCUCAGCCGCCUGCUGCCUAUCAAGGCGGGCCCCCGCGUCGUGCAGCAGCCGUCAGUGGUGAUCGGCGCGUCUGCGACAAGUGACCUUAGCACGCUGACGUGCCUGAUCCACGAGAAAGACGUGACGCUGGCGAGCAAGCUGGGUGACGGCUCGUUCGGCGUCGUGGUUCGGGGCGAGUGGGACGCCCCGGACGGUCGCACCAUGCCGGUAGCCGUGAAGAUCCUCAAGGAGGAUGCCCUGUCGCAGCCGGGCGCCUUCGAGGACUUCAUGAAGGAGGUGAACGCCAUGCAGCAGCUGCGCCACCCCAACCUCGUCCAGCUGUUCGGCGUGGUGCUGAGCGCGCCGCUCAUGAUGGUCACCGAGCUGGCGCCGCUCGGCUCCCUGCGCGACUACCUGCGCAAACAGUGCCGCCGUCUGCCGGUCUCCUGCCUGGUAGAGUACGCGCUGCAGGUGGCCAAUGGCAUGGCCUACCUCGAGUCGCGACAUUUCAUCCACCGGGACCUGGCGGCGCGGAACGUGCUGCUGGCGGCCGCCAACGCGGUCAAGAUCGGCGACUUCGGCCUCAUGCGGGCCCUGCCCACGCACGAGGACGCUUACGUCAUGGCCGAGCAGAAAAAGGUACCGUUUCCGUGGUGUGCCCCAGAGAGCCUCAAGUCGCGCCACUUCUCACAUGCCAGUGACACGUGGAUGUUUGGGGUGACCCUGUGGGAAACAUUCAGUUUUGGCCAGGAGCCCUGGGUCGGUCUGAGUGGUGCCCAGAUCCUGCAGCGCAUAGACCAGCUGGGUGAGCGACUGGCCCAGCCCGAUGCGUGUCCCGGGGACGUCUAUCAGCUGAUGCUCCAGUGCUGGGCACACGCACCGGCCGACCGGCCCACGUUUCCCGCACUCAAGGACUUCCUGCUCGAGGCACGGCCACCUGUGCUGCGUGUGCUCCGAACUGUGCAGGAGAAUGGGCGGCUGGAACUGGAACCUGGUGACCUGGUUGAGGUUCUGGAUGGCAGGCCCGAGCACCACUGGUGGCGAGGACAAAACCAACGCACCUUCCAUGUCGGCCAGUUCCCCCGCAGUGCCUGCGAGUCCCUGUCGCGUGUCAGCCCCCGGGACAUCAGCCGACCACUGCGGAACAGCUUCAUUCAUACGGGACACAUGGACGUGAGUGGCCGCACUUGGGGAAACCCGGGUUCCAUCGAUGAACUGUAUUUGCGCAACCCCAUGGAGCCACCGGACUUGUUGGGCUUGCAGCCCGAGAGUGAUGAGCCUCCCCCUCCACUGGUGGCGCGGCUGCAAGAGCUCGCACGUCGCUCCUCACAGAACAACCCGAUUGCCAAGAGGGCGACGCAGAUGCGCCAGUAUGGCUACAACCGCUUCGUCAAUGAUGAUCCUGGCGGUGGCGGAGAUGACGGCCACGCAUCUACCAUACAUCCGCUGGUAUUGGGUGUCAACAGGUCAAAUGAAUCCUCUUUGGAGCCUGAAUCCAAGCCAAGCCCAGUGAAAGAGGGAGUCCUUAUAGACCUGUGCAGUGAAAUUGACACCACCCUGCAGGUUUCCCCCAUCCGCAAGUCAAUGCCAGCUGUUGGGUUGACGUUCCCCACUGUUGGAGAGUCUAUUGCAACCUACUACAAUGUCUCGUCAUCCAAUACCGAGCGCUCCUACUGCAAUGUUGGAACGCUGGAAGCUCGGCCCGCUUACUGCAACUUGGACAGCUCUGACCGAUACUACUCGUGCGUGACGGCCGACGGCGGUGCCCCGCUGUCUCGUGUCAGCAGUUGCCCCUCGCUGAGCGUCGAUGACCUGCUCUCAACGACCAACAAUGGCGGCAAGCCUCAAGGACUGCCUUUGCAGGCGGAUGCCUUUGGCUGGCUCGACGCCAAGAUGGAGGCUGUGCGGAAAGCUCAGGUCUCCCCAAAGCCACCGAGCUUGGGAACAACCGAGAGUGCCACAGUGUGUGGUGUGCCCCUGUUGCGGCCAUCUCGCGACAAGCGGCUCUUUCCCAGUGACGUGCACGUGACAGGUGUGGACUUACUGCAGCAGCUCCCACCCCCUCCGACGCCCCCACUGCCAGCACCAUUUGCCCAGGUGGGAUCCGGGAGCUUUUCGUGCUCUGCACGGGCACACACGAGGCAGGAGGCUGUGCAAGGUCUUGCAAGUGCUCCUUGUCGAUUCUAGAAGCCAGGCACCUCUCUUGGGUCUGCAUCAGUGAUAUUUUUACAACAUUACUCUUGCCGUUUUUGUAAAUUAGAGCAGGAAUUGAAGAAAAAUGAUGCGUGGUUGUAAUUUUUUCUGCUACAUCAACAAUUGAACUCUCCUCUUUUAAAAUAUUCACUCUAUAAAUAGUGAUGCCUGUUAAAAAUUGCAGUGUUCUUGGGCUCCUAGGCGAUCUGCGGCACCAACAGCCACUAAAAACACUAACGUGGAAUGUCAUUGUGACAUCAUACAAAGUUAUAAACACAAUGUCUUUAGCUCUAGAAUAAUGCACUCAUAGAAACCUAAAAAAAGAAAACAGUAAUUUUUGUGCUCCAGGUUGUAUACUUUGCAAGUACAGAAAGUCAUCUGCUCACUUCCUCUUUCACAUACCAUAUCUGGGCUCUGUGCAGUGGGCAAUCUUGCCUUCCCGAUUGCCUUUGCCCGUUGCAGUGUUCCUGUAUUUUCUUACUGGUUGCCUUAGGUUAUGUUUUGCAGUUAUCCUACUCCUGCGCCAACUGCGCCAAAGUGCACCAAAUCAAACUUACUGCAUCAUCCUGAUAACAUCGAGAGAAUUGCACCAAACUGUGCCAAAGUCGAAUUUCCGAGCAUCUAUCACCAGUGAUAUCCAUGCUGGCACGUAAGGACAUGUGCAUCUUUUUCUCGGGGCCACCAAAGUCACAAUCACGUACCUACAGUUACUUAGCUGAUUUAACAGUGGUCGCGCGUGCAUCCUAAUUAAUCCAGGAUGCUAUGUUUCGUGCUGAUGCAACUUUUGUUGCGCAAGUCUGCUUAUUGGUGAAACACGCUCUUCCCAGGGGCCUGUGACAUCUAGUCCAAUCGGUAGCGUGAAACUAUGGUGGAAAUUCAUCGGCGGACGUCGUUCGUUCCAUGAACACUGCUGAUAGUUCAUUUGAAGAGUUGUGCAGCAUGUAAUAAAGCAAUUUUCACUAACAACUGCACGCUUGCAAUAGAAUGUCAGUCACGUAUCGGUUUUAAUAUGCGCAGCUGUAGUGAGGCCUUCGCUGGCGGCUCUGGCGUCGGAAAGCCUGUGAAGCCGCUACGCUUUGUUACAUGUCUGCCUCUCGCUUUCCAGGGUCAAUAGCUGACGGUUAAAAAAGACAUGGACGUCACAGCAUCGCAUUUAUUGCUUCGUUUUGAAGGGAGGGGUGGAGGAAAGACUGCUGGGUCACUAACAACAGUGUCAACAGGCACGCGCUCUACUGCUCUCAGCCAGUGUGAUUCUAUUUGUACAGCACGAACGGCACGUUCGAAUAGACCUCCGAAAUAAUGCGACGAUGGUGUGGUUACCUUGCGAUCAAGGCUCAGGGCAUACGUUUUAAUGAGCGCUCUAGAAAGCGAAGCACUUUUUUCACAGUCUGUUCACGUUCAAAGUACAAAGUAGAAGGGUAUACCAGUCAUAAAAAGUGCGUGUGCCAGCGAUCACAUCUUUAAAGUCAAAG